AACUUUAAUUAUUGAUUAUUAAAGCGCAGCUUUAAUAGCAAUAGCGACAGUACUUCGCUGGAGGCCAAAUCCAUUUUAAAGAUUAACGAUAAGCCAGUCGCUUCAUGAAGGACAAUUAAAGCGCUGCUUUAGUAACAUGCGUGUCCUGAAAGCGGCUGCACACGCCUGCGGAAGCCGGCACGGUUUCGCAACUGGAGACCCAUCGCCAUUCUGGUGCUCCUCGGUUAUGUGGUGAUGUUGUUCCUCAACUGUCUCUAUGGCUUCUACCCGGCUCGCUUUAGUCUGAAGCACAAACAGUUUCGACUCUCGAAGGCCAUGAUGAUCUAUUGCCUGACGGUGGCCACGAUUUUUGGCCUCUUUUAUGUGCAGCACAUUUGGCAGGAAUUUUUCAGUGGUCAAAUCGAUCAACGCGAUGCCAUAAAGAUCUAUUGCUAUAUGAAUGCUUGUGGCAGCUUGCUGCACUAUCUCUAUCAAUGGAGCAUUUGUGUGCGAGUGCGUGAAUUGUUAAACCAGACGUCAAUCUUUGCAGUCAUCAACUACUUUGAUGUCACUGUGUUGUCCAUGGCUCGCCACAUGGUGCCGGUCUUCAUAAAGAUCUUUAUUUUUCCGCUGGUGAUGCAUGUCACUUUGUUGGUUUACCAUCAGCAUCUGCAACAGCAACAUUCGCAACUCAGUUGGCUAACCACGAGCACCACAAUGUUGCCCAUCAUUGCGGGGAGUCAGUUGAACAAUUGUUACUUUUGCAGCAUUGUCAUAAGCAAGGCAAUCUUCAAGCAGAUAAAUGUGUUGCUUGCCGAGAUGCUAACCGAAGUCAACAGAUUGCAAACUCCGGCAGAGAUGUCACUGCAUAAGCCCUUCUAUCGCAUGCAACGCUUCUGUGAUUUAGCGGAUCGUUUGGAUGAGUUGGCUGACAAAUAUGCUCUAGUGAACGAUUAUUGUCAAGGACUCUUGGAGUUUGGCUGCUUCUCGAUGGUCACCACCAUGUCCAUCAAUUUGUGCAACACAACCUUGGGCUGUUAUGUGCAGUAUCAGGCUUUUGUGGACACCAUAAUGUUGGAGAAACCUUAUGACAUCGCCCAGGCGGUGGCUCAUUUUGUGUUUCUCGUUCUGCCCUUUUUUGGAAAUCCUUCUCCUAGCCAACGAAACGCAGCUGCUAAUCGAUGA